ACUACGUCACGGCAGCUCAGACCAGGAACAAAGCAGAGUGGGCGGGGUUUGUUUUCAGAGCAGCCAGCACCAAACGCGUGUUACAAACAGACGCGGAAGCACAUUUUUAGAUACACAACUAUCGAGGAGCUGGUGUGAGAAGUAAAAGAGGAGCGACGUCAGACUAAGACGACUUAGACCAGGAUGUCCAAAGUGCGGCCCGGGGGCCAUGUGCGGCCCGCAGCGACUUGGUUCCAUUGAUGCAGCGUUGCUGGCGUGCUCUCAGCCCCUCAAGAGGUUCAUGGGAAAAUGCCGCAGAGGGGAAGGACCUGCGGGAAGAGGCUUCUCUUGGGCGGGAAAGGACUGUUCCGCGUUUAGCGACUUGGACUUUUAUCUGAGGUUCCGGCUGAGCAGGUAUAGCGAGGACGGGGCCAGGAUGCGAGUCUGAGCGCUGGCAGGGCCGUCGCUAUGCUGGUAGAGGUGAGGUCUCCUCCCUCCUCGUCAAUGAAACUUGACAUUUGUCCACCAUGCUGGACAACCCUGCCGCCUCCGUCCCUUACAUCACGCUGGAGCUGCUGAUCGCCAUCUUCUCCGUGUUGGGCAACGUGCUGGUGUGUUGGGCCGUGUUCCUCAACAGCAACCUGCAGAGCCACACCAACUUCUUCGUGGUCUCGCUCGCCGUGGCCGACAUCGCGGUGGGCGUCCUCGCCAUUCCAUUCGCCAUCGUCAUCAGCGUGGGCUUCUGCUCCAACUUCUACGGAUGCCUCUUCAUCGCCUGUUUUGUGCUCAUCCUCACCCAGAGCUCCAUCUUCAGCCUGCUGGCCAUCGCCAUGGAUCGAUACAUUGCCAUCAAGCUCCCGCUCAGGUACAACAGCCUGGUGACAGGCCAGAGGGCUCAGUGCAUCAUUGCCAUCUGCUGGUUUCUCUCCAUCGUCAUCGGCCUCACCCCCAUGAUGGGUUGGAACAAGAUCUCCCAGAAGGAAAACUCGAACUGUCCGCCGGGCCUGAUGAAGUGUCUCUUUGAGGACGUGGUGGCCAUGGAUUACAUGGUGUACUUUAACUUCUUUGCCUGCGUCUUGAUGCCCCUGCUGCUGAUGCUGGCCAUCUACGUGUGCAUCUUCAUGGCCGCCCGUCACCAGCUCAAACUCAUGGAGGUCAAGGCGGCUCACGGAGAGAAGUCGAGCUCCACCCUCCAGAAGGAGGUCCAAGCUGCCAAGUCUCUGGCCAUCAUAGUGGGACUGUUUGCUGUGUGUUGGCUGCCGUUACACAUCAUCAACUGCUUCACUCUCUUCUGUCCCGAGUGUCAGCGCCCUCCUCUCUGGAUCGUGUACGUGGCCAUCAUCCUGUCUCACGGCAACUCCGUGGUCAACCCGUUCAUCUACGCCUACCGCAUCAGGGAAUUCCGCCAAACCUUCCGGAAAAUCAUCCUCCGCCACAUCUUGGGCCGGCAGGAGGUGAUGGAACGACGCGGAAGCAAGCGCAACUCUCUUCACAGCAGCGUCACCGACUCCAUCCGACUCAAGGCCAACGGCCUCAGGUUGGACCUUUUCCCCCAGCAGGGGAGCAGCAGUAGCAACGUCUCCCAAAGCUCCUCUGGCUGCACUACUCACGUGUCCCCUGUAGGGGGAGACCUGUUGACAGUAGACCCAAUGCCUCAUCCUGUAUCUCAAGCAGAAGCCAUUAGACCGACUGCAGUCGCCACCUGUCAUCAUCUGCAGUGUUUAAUGGGACCAAAAGGUGUGGAGGAACAGGAACCACAGAAGCAGAGCACCGCCUAAGCAGAACCACAGCUAACCGGCACAACAGGGAGAGCAGCUCACGCACACACACACACACACACACACACACACACACACACACACACACACACACACACACACACACACACACACACACACACACACACACACUCUUGUAUUUCUGACCUUCUUGAGACCGCCGAAAAAUGCCUACCUCUUUAGG